CCUGAUACGCUCGUCACACAAAAACUGGUUCUUGACAAACCGCAUCACCAUAACUCGAUAGCUAGUGAAAGUCUGCAGCGGAAAAGCGAACUGAUCGCUAACCGAGACUUUACAGCUGGCAUUGACUAUGCGAGCUACUCGAAUUCGCGUCAGCAGUACGUGUGUUUAGAUGAACGUGGGUAAGAAGUUGUUCAGAAAGUGCAUUCGUGGUCCAGUGUUCUAAAGAGUUAAGAAAUAUAAUUAUUUCCUGACUGCAACCAAGAAAAGAAUGUUUUAAGUCCUACGACAUAAAAGUGUGAACCAGAUUCAAGUGUAUAGAAAGGGGUAGAGCGGGAAUAAAAGGGUCAAUACUUUUGCCAAAGUGCUUUUGAAAAGAUUACUUACUUCACGUCUAAAUACAUAAGUAAAAAAAUACCACCUCAUGAAACAUCCCACCGAGUAGACGUGUGUUACAGAACGUCUCCGUAAAUCGAAAUGCUGCAUAAAUGACAAGCUUAUGUUGAGUAUUGGAGGUAAGAAUAAGAAGAAUUAAGGAGUCAUAUUUCAGGCUUUUGAUGUUUUCCGAAGAAUCUGUAUAAACGUCUAAUGCCUCCAAAAUGUAACCAAUUACAAAAUAAAAAAAAUUAUAGUUUAACAACUUUCAAAUAAAUGAUGAAUGCUUUGCUAAGAUUUAUGGAUAUUUCCGCAGCCGUAAAAAUAAAUCCAAAACAUGUGAAGGGAAGAAAUUAAUAAGAUUACUCUUAUCCCUUGCUCACCGCCAUGAACUGCAGUUGUGUAAAAAGACAUUUAUGUUAAAUGCUUGAUAAAUUUCGAAGAAAUACAGCAAAUUUAGUGUACACUAGAGCUAAGCUGAAACAAGGGUCAGCUAGAGAAAAAGUUGUGUAAAACUGUCGUUGAAAGCAGCUGAAAUUGAUGAAGCAACCAUGAAGAUGGUAGUGUGUGCUGGUUGCGAUUCUCCUAUACUGGACCGAUUCCUACUGAAAGUGGAAGACAGAGCAUGGCACGCCAAAUGCGUCAAGUGCUGGGACUGCCAAGGUACCUUGGCUGACAAGUGCUUCUCCCGGGAAGGCAAACUUUUCUGUCGGACGGACUUUUACAGACGAUUCGGAACUAAGUGUGGUGGUUGUUCUCAAGGCAUCUGCCCGACAGACCUGAUACGUAAAGCGAGAGGGAGAGUCUAUCACGUGGCUUGUUUCACGUGUCUCCUUUGCAGGAAGCAGCCAUCUACUGGAGAAGAAUUUUAUGUCUUGGAUGAGACUCGGUUCGUUUGCAAAGACGACUUUAACAGGCAGCAACAGCAGCACG